AUGACCCCCAGGGGCAGACGUCGAGCUGACGCCCACGAGAUCGCCCCCGGCGUCAUUCAGCAUAAGCAGCCGGACUCUCUGGACGUCGGAGCGUUUCCUCGCCCUUCGAUACCGGUUGCUGAGCAGGAACACGUCGCGAGGAAUCUCGUUCGCAUCUAUUCCGCCAGCGGCAAGACCUACCACCGAUACGACGCGAGUGUUGCGCUCAACCGAUGGCGAAAGCUCGUCUGCAAUACCUGUCUGGAUCCCAUCUCCACCUUGGCUGGCCUGGACACCGGGACGCUACAGCUCGAUCACCGGAGUAUGGAGACUCUGGUGAAGCCAGACAUGCUCGAGGUCAGCCAGGUGGCUGCGACCUUAGGCCAUCACUUUCCGGGCAAUAUCAUCGACACGAUGAUCGCCAGCAAUUAUGUGGAGCGCCGAAUCUCGCUGGGUAUGUUGCUGGAAUUGCGCAAGGGCAAUUCCAUCGAGCACGAAAACCUUCCAGGCGAAGUGGUGCGCGAAGCCAACUAUACACUGUCUGCUCCACGUUGCCCGUGA